AUGUAUAGUUCUUCUGUAGAAGAAGAUUUUAACGAUAUUUCUCAUGCUGAGGUGAGCUUCCAUACGCCAGCAGAACGAUUUGGUGUACAUAUAAAUAUUGGUGGCAGUGAGGCUGUGCAGAAAAACUUUUCUAAUGAAGCUGAGCCAGCAGAGGAAGCAGAACCCGCCAAUCUGACGGUUGAGCAGAAGGCAAAGGCAGAUGCGAAGGCUAAAACAAAAUCUCAGACAGGCAAGGAAAAGACUGGGGCUAAGGAUGGCAAGGCUGGCACUUCGCAGGAUGCAAAAGGAAAUCAGGAAAAAGCUGAUGAGCAGGCACAAACAUCUACUGUGCCGUUUUAUGGUGGCGGAAGUGACACUCAGGAAGGUUCAUUGAAGGUUGCACCUCAUGAUGACGGUAUAUUUGACAGCAUGACAGGCGGGCAUCAGAUGCUGGAGAAGCGUAAUAACAGCCUUUCUUUGGAUGGUUUUACCACUCUGGAGAAGAAGCGCCGCGAGAUUUUGGCAGAGGUUGAGGUACUGAAGAAUCAGCGCAAUACUGUUUCUAAGCAGAUUGGUGCUAUGAAGAAGAAUGGCGAAAAUGCUGAUGCAGUAAUGGCAGAGAUGCGUCAGGUCGGCGAGAAGAUUUCUGAGCUGGAUGGUCAGCUGAAGGAAGUUGAAACUGAGCUGCGUGAUUUCAUGCUGCGUAUUCCAAAUAUGCCAAAGGAGGAUGUUCCUUACGGCAAGGAUGACAGCGAUAACCCAGAGGUUCGCCGUUACUUAGAGCCUACCAAGUUUGACUUUGAGCCAAAGGCACAUUGGGAUUUAGGUGAGGCACUGGAUAUUAUUGAUGCAGAGCGUGCUGCGAAGGUUACUGGCGCACGUUUCACCUUCUAUAAGGGGUUGGGCGCAAGACUUGAGCGUGCAUUGAUUAACUUUAUGAUGGAUACUCAUGCAUUCCAUCAUGGCUACACUGAGAUGCUGGCACCAUGCGUUGCUAACAAGGACAGCAUGACAGGUACUGGUCAGCUCCCUAAGUUUGCAGAGGAUAUGUUCAAGCUGGAAGGCUUGGAUUACUACAUGGUUCCGACUGCAGAGGUUCCUACUACUAACUAUCAUCGUGAAGAAAUUCUCGAUGGCAAGAACCUGCCAGAGCAUUAUUGCGCAUAUACCGCUUGCUAUCGUGCCGAGGCUGGCAGUGCAGGUCGUGAUACCCGUGGUCUGAUUCGUCAGCAUCAGUUUAACAAGGUAGAGCUGAUUAAGUUCUGUAUGCCAGAAAAUUCCUGGGAUGAGCUGGAGAAGAUGACUGAUGAUGCAGAGGAUAUUCUGCGCCGUCUUGGUCUGCCAUAUCGUGUAGUUCUGCUUUGCACUGGUGAUAUGGGCUUUACUUCCGCUAAGACCUAUGAUAUCGAGGUUUGGAUGCCAGGUCAGAAUACCUAUCGUGAGAUUUCUUCCUGCUCCAAUUGCCUUGACUUCCAGGCACGUCGUGCAAACAUCAAGUUCCGUCGUGAAGCAAAGGGCAAGCCUGAAUUCGUACAUACUUUGAAUGGCUCCGGUUUGGCUGUUGGUCGUACAUUCGCUGCUAUUUUGGAGAACUAUCAGCAGGCAGAUGGCACUAUCAAGAUUCCAGAAGCUCUUGUUCCUUACAUGGGCGGUAUCACUGAAAUUAAGAAAAACGAACUUUAA